AUGCAAAUAGAUCGCAACCUAAAUUUUGACGACGUUCGGACUACGUGGGGAGAUCUGCCUGACCUGCCUAUCUUCUCUAGCAAUAUUGCCUUCGCUACAGUCCCUGGCUUCGUCGAGAAGGAGAGGUCUAUGGCAGCAGAAUCCAUGCGUGGCAGCGAAAUACACUACAUGGAAGCAGUGAUUCGACUAGAUAAAGGCACCGACAACCUUUGGAAAGCCUUUGAACAGCACGAUAUGUUUCCAAUAGCAGAGAAUGAUGAUCGUGUUGCGGAAUGUGUACCACACCGGCCAAUCGAGCAUCAUGCGGGAUCUGAAGACAACUUCACUCGCAUGAAACAUUGGCUUCAGACUUGCCUGCAGCAUCAUCCCAAGUGCAGGAUCGAUUCAGGAAAGGCCUACACGCCGACUAGACUCAUGAAAAUCUGCGAGACCGACGAUGGUGACUUGAAGCUCAGACUCGUUCGCACCAGGUCAGAGACCGAGGAGACGGCAUAUGUUGCAUUGAGCUAUUGCUGGGGCGGGGACCAAGCUUUGAAGUGUACUCAGGCCAACGUGCAAGCUCUCGAAAGGGAUGUGCCUUUCAAAGGCCUUCCAAAAACUUUGCGGGACGCCGUGGAGGUGUGUCGACGGCUGCAAGUGGCGUACAUGUGGGUCGAUGCGUUGUGCAUCAUCCAGGACGACGAGGUUUCAAAACUGGCGGAAGUCGGGAACAUGGCUCAAGUCUACAAAAACGCGUUGUUCACGAUAUGCGCGUCCUCGGCGAGCUCGACAACCGAAGGAUUCCUCAACUACCGGAGCUCGCCCUUUCAGGAUCCGAUAACGUUCCGCGUGCCAUUUCGAAACGAGAGCGGCGCUGAAACGUCGAUUGAUUUGGCCAUCGAAAGGUAUGGCGAGCCCCUCCGAACGGAGCCACUUAGAGAUCGAGGAUGGGCGCUUCAAGAACAGCUGCUAUCUCGGAGACGCCUGAUGUUCACGACAUAUCAGCUGCAUUGGUCCUGUGCAAGCCUGCUACCCGGUGAGAACUGGAUCGACGGAUACAAGGCAACGCCCUCGAAGGGGUUGGGGGUAACGGAUAUCCCCCGACCCUUCGUCGCCGACGACGGCCUGAGCCAGGAAGUGUGGAAGCAAAAAGCUCUGACUUCAUGGCAAACUGUCGUCGAUGAUUAUGUCAUGCGCAAGCUUUCUCUAGAAGAAGAUCGACCACUUGCAAUCUUGGGCAUUGCGGCAGAGUUCAUGCAGCUGUUUGGCGGAGAGACGUACUGGUGCGGCAUGUGGCAGUCCUCAUUCCCGGGCUGUCUCAUGUGGAAGAGAUGUUCCUCCAUUUUUGACCGAGAGCUCACCAGCAAGAAACAUCUGCCAUCGUGGUCUUGGACUUCGCAGAACGUGGAUAGUCUAAGCUCGGCCAAACUCGUCUUCGGGUCGGAUGUUGUACGCGAAGCACGUACUACUGACUUUGGGCUGACGAACAGCCUUCAGCAGUCUCCGAGGGGAAUGCACCUCAAUGGCCAGAUCUGGAUCGAAGGGCGACUAGUGAAAGACGCCGUACUCCAGGAUAGCCGAUACAGAACCGUUUUUAAACACGAAGUACUAGGCGAAGCGGCCGGUGAAGUGUCUUCAAACGACAUUAUCUGGUUCGACAACAUAUCGGACAAGCUCGCCAUGAAGCCACAAAAGGACUGGGGCCCCGGAAAUUCUACGUUGCAGCCCAUGACGCUCCUAGAAAUCCGAAACUUCUGGGAACACGGGAUCUAUGACUUCAACAUCGAGGGCCUUGUUCUGAGAACUAAGAGUGACCCCGGGAGACCUGGUGCGUACGAGAGGAUUGGAUGCUUCUCGCGUAGCAUAACAGCUUACGAGUUGGACUAUGACGAUUCCGUGGCCAAGGCAUGGUUUGAGAAGGUGGUAGUGCCCAAACACCAUCCAUUUGUUGGAGCGGACGUUGCGAAGAUUCUGCUGGUGUGA